AUGAAAGGCGUCCUCGGCACCACGGUCGUUUGCGUCAAGCGUGCGCUCGACUACGCUCUUAAGCCUCCUGUGGAUGCGGGCCGACAAACUCUGCGCACAGAAGGGCUCAAGCAUGCGAUUAAUCCGUUCUGCGAGAUCGCACUUGAGGAGGCAAUUCGGCUCAAAGAGCGCAGCUUCGUCAAGCGCAUCGUCGCAGUUUCUGUGGGUGGGCCGGGGCCAUCUCAACAGCACGAAGACGUCCUGAGGCACGCACUGGCGAUGGGCGCAGAUGAGGCGGUCCUCGUAAGAUCACCUUUCAAACCCGACAUUCACCUCCAGACGCUGCCGACUGCAAAGAUCUUGAGGCGCUUCGUUGAGACUCAGAAGGCACAGCUUGUUCUUCUCGGCAAACAGUCGAUCGACGGAGACAAUCGGCAAGUGCCCCAACUCCUCGCGGGGCUCCUCGGGUGGCCGCAGGCGACUUGCCUGCACAAACUGGAAGUCUGCGAACCGGCGGGACUUCCGCCUGAGGCGAGCGAAGAGAGAAAGCGGAUCUUGCUCGCGUCGCGAGAAAUCGAUGGCGGGGUGCAAAAGGUCCGCCUCGCUCCGCCUGCGGUCUUGAGCUGCGACUUGCGCUUAAACACGCCGCGCUUUGUGACUCUGCCGAAUCUGAUGAAGGCGAAGAAGAAACAGAUUUCCGUCAUCGAGGCCUCGACGCUCGUUAGCGAGGCCGACCUCACGCCGCGCCUGGAGAUCCUCAGCAUAACGGAACCUCCUCGGCGAAAAGGAGGACAGUGGGUGGCGAACGUCGACGAACUGAUCGAGAAGCUGAUCACAGAAGCGAAGGUUAUCCACUCGUGA